CCGUAGAAAACGUAAAUUCUAUCAGAACGUAGGAACUGGGACUGAUAAGAAGAAAGUAAUCUGUGAAGCCUGUGGUCAAAGUUACACCCAACAGAGUCUGUUGAUCCACAUGAGAAUUCAUACAGGUGAGAAGCCAUACUCCUGUGAAACAUGUGGCAAAAGUUUCAGUCUACGUAGUAAUUUGUUGAGCCACAUGAGAACUCACACAGGUGAGAAGCCAUAUUCCUGUGGAACAUGUGGAAAAAGUUGCAGUCAGCGUAGUAAUUUGUUGAGCCACAUGAGAACUCACACAGGUGAGAAGCCACAUUCUUGUGAAAAAUGCGGGAAAAGUUUCAGUCAACGUCAAACUUUGUUGAGCCACAUGAGAACUCACACAGGUGAGAAGCCACAUUCUUGUGAAACAUGCGGGAAAAGUUUCAGUCAUCGUAAAACUUUUUUAAACCACAUGAGAACUCACACAGGUGAGAAGCCACAUUCUUGUGAAAAAUGCGGGAAAAGUUUCAGUCAUCGUCAAACUUUUUUAAACCACAUGAGAACUCACACAGGUGAGAAGCCACAUUCUUGUGAAACAUGCGGGAAAGGUUUCAGUCAACGUAGUACUUUGUUGAUCCACAUGAGAACUCACACAGGUGAGAAGCCGUAUUCCUGUGGAACAUGUGGGAGAAGUUUCAGUCAGCGGAGUUAUUUGUUGAUCCACAUGAGAACUCACACAGGUGAGAAGCCGUAUUCCUGUGGAACAUGUGGGAGAAGUUUCAGUCAGCAUAGUUUAUUAACAUCCAACCAAUUUUUUACUUUAUUCAUUUCAUCAUUUAGUGUAUUUACAAGAUCAUCAUAG